AUGGGCAAGAUGAACUGCUUCUCCGGUCUCGGUCUGCUCGGCGGCAAGAGGAAGGCAUCCAAGGGUAACGCCAAGAAGGCCAGCGGCAACGAUUGCCCCAAGGUGAAGCCGGUGGAGUCCAUGGACAUGGCGGACACUGUUGUGGACGACGACGUCAGCAGACGCGGAGACAGCAGCGUUCCUGCGUCUGCAUGCUACAGUAGGUUUGUCGUUCACGCAGCCGCCGAGCUGGCACGCCAUGCCAGUGACCAGAACGGCGACAAGGCCGCAGUUAAGAGGGACUCAUCCGCCGCCGAUCUCGUCGCCGGCGUUGGCUCCUCCGGUUACAGCAGCGACGUUACAGGCAACGAUGCCAAGAGCGCCGAGCCGGACGACGGCGAGCCCUCCAGCCUUGGCCGCAUGUCGCCAACGGCAUCGCCGAAGCUGAUGCGCUCCUGCUCCAACAUCGAGACGACGAGGUCUGUCCCGGCAGGGUCCGACCUGCCGGCGAAGUCGCGCUCCUACAACGACCUGAAGACCCUGCCUCCCGGAAGGUCGACCGCCGCCCGCAGCGGCGCGGUGGACGCGAGCCCGACGGCGUCCUUCAGGACCUCGUACUCCGCUGAUCGCGUCAUGCUGAAGAAGCGGUCGUCGAGGCAGCCACCGCAACCUGCACCGGCCGGGCGCGAGCGCGACCAUGCCCACGCUGCCACCAUCGCCGGGGAAAGAAGAAGAAGAAGAAGAAGAAGAAGCGGUGCCGCGCACCAGCACGACGGGUACACGUCCGACACGCUGGGCGCGGUCACCGCGGACGCCAAGAACAAAGGCGUCGCCAUGGAGGCGGACCCCAUUCCGAGCCAGUGGGUCGCGUUCUCCGCCGAGGCCUCGCCGCUGGACCGGGUCAGCGCGUGGGUGAACAGCCUCGGGGACGGCUCGUUCCACGCCGUCGACGAGGACGAUGCCACGGGGCACGGCGGCGCCUCUCGCCCGCGACGACCGCGGUGCUCUGAGAUCGUGGAGCUGUCGACGACGGCCGGCGGCAAGAGGCAUCCGCCGCAGGCGAAGCGGCGCGCGGCGGACGAGGUUGCCCAGGCGAGCGGCAUCGUCCCGACGAUCGCGGCCUUCUCGACCCUCCGGGCCGUCAAUCUGUCUGGAAACUUGAUUGUUCAAAUCAGCGCUGGAUCGUUGCCCAAAGGCCUGCACUCGCUGGAUCUGUCGAGGAACAAGAUCGCAAUCAUCGAGGGGCUGCGGGAGCUGACGAGGCUGCGGGUGCUCAACCUCAGCUACAACCGGAUCUCACGAAUCGGGCAUGGCCUGUCGAGCUGCACGGCGAUCAGGGAGUUGUACCUGGCCGGGAACAAGAUCAGCGACGUGGAGGGGCUUCACCGGCUGCUCAAGCUGGCCGUCCUGGACGUGAGCUUCAACAAGAUCACCACGGCCAAGUCCCUGGGCCAGCUCGUGGCCAACUACGGCUCGCUGCGGGCGAUCAACCUGCUGGGCAACCCGGUGCAGGCAAACACCGGCGACGACACGCUCCGCAAGGCCGUGUCGGGCCUGCUCCCGCGGAUCGAGUACCUCAACAAGCAGGCCGUCAAGCCGCAGCGCGCGCUGGAGGUGGCCAAGGACAGCGUCGCGCAGGCGGCGCUCGGGAACGCCGGCUGGAACUCGCGGAGGCGGCUCACGCGGCGCCUCAGCCAGAGCCCCGGAUCGACGGGGAAGGGACGGGGCAGGGACGGCAACGGCAACGGCAGCCGCAGGGGCAGCAGGAGCAGGUCCAUGACCAGGCCCCAGAGCUCGAGCUUGCCAAGGAGAUGA